AGACAGGACUUCAGAAUCUAACAAAAAAGCGUUCCUAUGAAAAGGAGGAUACCGGUUUGUGAACUCGCUCAAAGUAAAACAGAAGGGUUAUCAACAAAUUUCAAUUCAGUUUGAGGCUUUGAACUUCUUCACGACACCACUGUUCCUCAGCAGCCAAAUCGAGCUUUAGGUCGUGACUAAGUUGUUCAUAAGAACGCAACUUUUGCAGUCUGUAUUGGAACGUUGGGGGAGGACUACAAAUGAAUAGCAGACAAAGAAUCCUCGGUGGAGGAGUUCAACAUGUGUUGGACUAUCUGAGGCGAAUGCACUCCGAAAAUCCGGCAUUUUUCUAUGCUGUUCAAGAUGAUAACGGGUCUUCUAAUGGAAACAUUUUUUGGGCCGAUGCAACUGCCAGGAUGAACUAUCACUAUUUUGGGGACUCUAUAAAAUUGGACACUUCCUAUCGAGCUAAUUGCUAUAGCGUACCUUUUGCCACUUUCACUGGCUUAAAUCAUCAUGCCCAGCCUGUUCUCUUUGGCUGUGCUUUGCUUUUCAAUAGAUCUGAGACCUCACUUGUCUGGCUCCUCCAAACUUGGCUUCAAGCAAUGUCUGCACAGAAGCCUGUUUCCAUCACAACUGACACUGAUCAUCUCAUACAGAUGGCUAUUGCUCAUGUUCUGCCAGAAACGCGUCAUCGUUUUUGUAAAUGGAGCAUACUUCGAGACACCAAGGAGAAGCUGACCCAUGUAUGUCAAACACAUCCAACCUUUGAAAUUGAAUUUAUGAAGUGCAUCAAUGAAGCAGAGACACUUGAGGAGUUUGAAUCUCAGUGGAAGUCACUCCUAGAAAGAUAUUACCUCACGGAUAAUGAAUACAUUCAAUCAAUUUAUAUUGCUCGCCAUCACUGGGUUCCUGUUUUCAUGCGAGGGGCAUUUUUUGGGGAUUUUUUAAGUGAUGAAGACAAUGAUGCCAAAAACACUUUCUUCGAUGGGUUUGUGAAUGCUUCUACAUCUAUCCAGUUAUUAAUUAAACACUAUGAAAAAGCCAUUGCAGUCUGGCAUGAAAAGGAAUUUAAUGCAGAUCUUGACUCUAAUAAUACUACACCAAUUCUAAAGACACCAUCGCCUAUGGAAAAACAAGCAGCUGAUCUCUAUACGAGGAAGGUGUUCAUGAAAUUUCAACAAGAGCUGGUUGAGACCCUUGCAAAUCCUGCAACUAAAAUUGAUGACGCUGGAGCAAUCACAACAUAUCAUGUUGCAAAAUUUGGGGAAGAGCACAAGGCGCACACGGUUAGGUUCAACACAUUUGAGUUGACAGCUAACUGUAGCUGUCUAAUGUUUGAAUUUUCAGGUAUAAUUUGUAGACAUGUGUUAUCUGUGUUCAGAGCCAAAAAUGUUCUUACGCUUCCUUCCCAAUACAUUUUGAAACGUUGGACAAGAAAUGCCAAGACUGGUGGUGGAGGCACUAUAGAGGAAAAUCCUUUAGAGUUACCUAGCAAUUCACAAGAGUCUUUAACUAUGCGUCAUAAUAGUUUGCGGCAGGAGGCUAUUAAAUUUGUUGAAGAAGGGGCUAAAUCUAUUCAUAGUUAUAAUGUCGCAAUGAAUGCUCUGAAAGAGGCUGCAAAAAAGGUUUCUGCUGCAAAGAAGAAAAACACUGACAAAACUCAGGUGACCAACAUGGUAAAUGGAUGCAAUCAAGGAGUAGAUGAAGGAGAUAUUGAUCAAGCAGAUUCAGGUCAAUCCAAGGAAGAGAAGGAACAAAAGAUUCGUGAAUUGACAGCCAAGUUAGAUUGCAUAAAUCAACGAUCUGAAGUUUAUCGUGCCAAUCUAUUAGCAGUUUUGAAAGACAUGGAGGAGCAGAAAUUAAAGCUAUCUGUGAAAGUGCAGAAUGCACGACUUAGCUUAAAAGAGUGACUUCUUUCAUUUUCUCGUUUCAAAUGCAGGAGAAUGGUUGAAAGUUUUCUCUCACAUUUGAAGUUAGCUCUCAUUUAGUCAUUGAUGAGAACCAAGAAGAUGAAAUGUAUAUAGCCAGAAUCUAGCUAACAUAUGGAUAGUUUUGAAUGUAUGCAUGUUUAGUUUCAUUCAGUUGUGUUAAAUUAUCUUUUAGGAUUUUACAAAUGUGCUAGAAUAGAGUGUUGAGAUUGGUUUUUGUA